AUGCUUGGGUAUCUCCUGUUAGUGGUGGCCCCUUUGGCGGCUGCCCUGCCGUUCCACGGCCACGGCCCCAACACCCAUAACAACAACCUCAACCUCAACUUCAACCUCACCGAAACCAUCAACGAGAUCAAUGAAAACCUGGCAGGCCUAGUUGGAUACAUCACCAACCCUCACGCCAAGAACAUCGUCGCCAACCGCUACAUUGUCGUCUACAACAACACCUUCGGCUCCGAAGCCAUCGCCGCCAAGCAGGCCGAGUUCGCUGCCACCAUCCAGAAGCGCAACCUCGGAAAGCGAAGCCUCGGCGGCAACUUCCUGUCCACCGAAAUUCACUCCUUCCAGAUGCACAACUGGCGCGCCAUGGCUCUCGAUGCUGACGACGAGAUGGUCAAGUCCAUCUUCGCCGCCAAGGAGGUCGCCUAUAUCGAGGCCGAUACCGUCGUCCAGACCAAGGCUCUCGUUGCUCAGACCAACGCUACCCCUGGCCUUAUCCGUCUCUCUAACCAAAACGUUGGUGGCAAAAACUACAUCUUUGACACCUCUGCUGGCACCGGUAUCACUGCCUACGUUGUCGACACUGGUAUUAGAAUCACCCACACUGAGUUUGAGGGCCGUGCUUCUUUCGGUGCCAACUUUGUCAACUCCAACAACACCGAUGAGAACGGCCACGGCAGCCAUGUCUCUGGCACCAUUGGUGGUGCUACCUUCGGCGUUGCCAAGAACAUCAAGCUUGUUGCCGUCAAGGUUCUUGAUGCCACUGGUGCCGGUAGCAACUCUGGUGUCCUGAACGGCAUGCAGUUCGUCGUCAAUGACGUCCAGGCCAAGGGUCUCUCUGGCAAGGCCGUCAUGAACAUGUCUCUUGGUGGCUCGCUGUCCGCUGCUGUCAAUAACGCUAUUGCCGCCAUUGCCAACGCUGGUAUUGUCCCCGUUGUUGCUGCUGGUAACGAGAACCAAGAUACUGCCAACACCUCUCCUGGCUCUGCCCCUCAGGCCAUCACCGUCGGUGCUAUCGAUGCUACCAACGAUGUCCGUGCUAGCUUCUCCAACUUUGGCGCUGAUGUCGAUAUCUACGCUCAGGGUGUCAAUGUUCUCUCUGUUGGCAUCAAGUCCGAUACCGAUACCGCCAUUCUCAGCGGUACCAGCAUGGCCACUCCUCACGUUGCCGGUCUCGCUGCCUAUCUGAUGGCUCUUAAGGGUCUCACCAACGUCAACGACGUCACCACCCUCAUCAAGAACCUCGCCACUGCCACCGGUGCCUCUGUCCAGCAGAACGUUGCCGGAACCACCAACCUCAUCGCUAACAACGGUCAACUGUAA